AAAAAAUUGUUUUCUUGAGGAACAAACAUCAAAGACCAGCACAAAAUAGGGACAAAAGUGCAAACGACCCAUUUUGAAUAAAACUAAAACCUACACAGCCGUAACGCCGGUUGCCGCCCAUACAAGUUACCUCUCUUUCUUUUUACAAUUACCCAUAUUUGUUACUCACUAUAUAUGAAAUCUCUACAUGAAUUGAGAUAAAAUUUGAAACUUGAAACAUCAUCAACUUCACUAAACUCACCCAAAAGAUUUAUUCUAUCAGAGCUGCUAUGAGUGAUCCGGCAACUGAAUCAAAUGACGCGCAAUCAAGCUCCCAAGAACCUCAGAAACCCCAGAUCGAGCCUAUUCGGAUGCCUACUGUGGAGGAAAUAAGGGGCCAAGACAUUUGGAACAACUGUGCAGUCCGUAGUGUUGUAAGCGGAGUCAUGGGAGGAGGACUUGGGUUGUUCAUGGGUAUGUUUCUUGGUGCACUUGAUAACCCAAUAAUGCAAGAGGAAAUGACUACUAGGCAGCAAAUUGUAUACCAAGCAAAGCAGAUGGGUCGAAGGAGUUGGAGUUCCUGCAAGACUUUUGCUGUUAUGGGGUUGGUUUUCUCUGCUGCUGAAUGUACUGUUGAGAAGGUACGAGCAAAGCAUGACAUGACAAAUACAGCAGUUGCAGGGUGCGUAACAGGAGGCACAUUAUCAGCUAGAGGUGGACCAAAAGCUGCGUGCAUGGGUUGUGCUGGCUUUGCGACAUUUUCAGUCUUGAUAGAAAAGUUCUUGGAUCGAUAUCACUAAAUCCAGAAGUACACAAUAUGGAUCGUUCCUCAAACUGGACGAACACCAACCUACUUUAUGCUUUAUAAUCACAUUUUUUUGCCCCCAACGACGAGAUUAAUUAUUCCCAUUCCAUGUGGAAUGAGCGAUAUUGUAAACGUGCCGCUCACUUUUACAAUCAUAUUUGCCCUCUGUGCACUCCUUGAGUUUGUGCAUAUUGGACCCAGAACUGGGAAAAUGUAGCAUUUAUACACAAAUCUAUGACAUUUUUGUUUAAUAAGGUAGUAUUUGUACUGUA